AUGAGAGCAGGGGAUGUCAAAGUCCUCAGCAAGAAUGGCUCAGUCAACGAUGAAGAAAUCGGUGGAUCGCACUCAGAGGCGCCCCUCGAGGUCCACGGAGACGAAGACAUCGUAGCGCGGAUGAACAACCUCGAUCCUCCCGUGACACCAGAGGAAGAGAAACGCGUACGGAGAAAGAUCGAUAUGCGAUUGCCCCCUUUCCUACUCAUCCUCUACAUGUUCACCUGGCUGGACCGCGGGGCGCUGGGCAACGCGGCACUGAUGGGGAUCAAGGAAGAUCUCGGUUUCACGAGCAGAGACUUUUCUCUCGCCGUGAGCAUGUUCUUUGUCGGGACGGCGAUUUCUGACCUGUUUACGAAUAUUGGGAUGAGGUAUAUCAGGCCUUCGGUGUAUCUUGCUACGGCGAUGAUCAUCUGGGGUGUCUUUGCGACGCUGCAAGCCGUUGCCGGCGGUCCCAGUGGCAUAUUUGCCAUUCGAUUCUUCCUCGGCAUCUUUGAGGCUGCCUUCAUCUCCGGGGCGCCGUACCUGACGACCGUACUCUAUCCCAGAGCCGAAUGGGGCCGUCGCAUCAGCGUCUACCUCUCAGCAACCCCCCUCGCAGGCGCCUUCGGCGGCUGGGUAGCCUACGGUGUCUCCAACAUCUCCAACCCUCUCAUAAAGCACUGGCAAGCCCUCUUCAUCAUCGAAGGCCUCGUCACAAUCGUCUUCGGCGUAGCCUGUAUCUGGGUUCUGCCCGACCGCCCGCACAACACGCGCUGGCUCACCCCGCGCGAGCGCGACGUCGCCACCUGGCGCAUGAUGCGUGACGGCAACCGCACGCACGGAAAAGUCCACUGGCGCACGACGGCGACGCAGCUGACGGAGGACUGGCGGCUGUGGGUGAAUAUCGCGAUUUACAUGGGCCAGGUGCUGCAGACGUACACUAUUGCGACGUUUACGCCGAUUAUUGUGGCGACAUUUGGGUAUGACAACGUCAAGGCGCAGUUGAUGACAGCGCCGCCGUAUUGUGUUGCGUUUGUCAUGGUGUUUGUUGUCGGUUGGGCGAGUGAUCGGGUUAAAUCGUGUUCGGGGCUGUUGGUGGGGUGUUCUGUUGUUGCUGCUGUUGGCGAUUUGCUGCUUGCUAUGUUGCCGCACACGGCUGCGAGUGCGAGAUACGGCGCGACUUUUCUGAUUUUGUCUGGGAUCUUGUCUGGUGUCACGUUGAGUGUGGGCAAUAUUACGAGUAAUUGCUGCGGAGAUAUCAAGAAAGGGAUCGCGACGGGGUUGUUUCAGUCUUUUGGGAGUACGAUGGGCAUCGCGACGGGGUAUCUUUUCCCUUCGAAUGAUGGACCGAGUUAUAAGAAAGGGUUCUGGACGUUGUUUGCGGCGACGUGUUGGACUGGCAUUGGUGCUGCUUUCGUGACCGUGAUGAAUAUCAGAGAGAAUAGGAGGCGCGAUCGCGAGUUUGGGAAACCGCCUCAAGAUGUGGUGAUUGAUUAUGAUGAGGAUGGACAAAUGGAGAAUCAUCCGUACUGGAGAUUCUACCAUUAG